UUUUUGUUUGUUUUAGAAAUCAAGAUGGCACAUGAGAUACAUUUAAAGAACAACAAAUACCGGCAGUGGGUUAAGGCUGGCCUAGGCUUGGGUUAUCUUAAAGAGGGACUUGCGCCAUUUUGUGAUGACAUUGGAAGACAGCAGCACAAAGAUAUUAUAAACCAAAUACAACAAGCAAAGACUCCUCAACCAAACAUACCAUGUGGCGCCUGUCAGAUAACAACUCUCCAGCCAGAUCAUGUCCGAGUCUCAAAAGGGAUAUGUCCCCUCAAACAAGAUAAAUGUAACUGUUGUUUUCCUAAUAAUAAGAGACCCUGUUCAAACAAUGUAUGUGGUGCCAUCUAUGACAGCAUUAUACAGUAUCAUGCAUCAAUGCCACCAGUACCUUUUUGGAAAAACAGUGAUGCCCAACAGUGGUCGACAGACCCAUGGAACGUUUGCAAAUGUUUUAUAAAUGCUCCGGGGUACAAGGACAAGACAUCAGCAGUCGACACUGAUUGCACUGGGUUGCUUCAUGUUAUCAUAAAUAACAAGUACUUUCAUAGUCACAUUGGAUGCAAUGUUACAGGACCAAACAAUCUUUUUUCAAAGGUACGUCAGUAUAGAAAUAAUAUUUUCCACUCAAGCAGCAUGGAAUUAGAAGAAAGUGAGGCCAAUUCAUAUAUUGACGAUAUGAUAGCAGUUUUACAAGAUGGUAAAGAGCUAUUACAACAACCAGAUGCCCAGAUAGCAGUGAAUAAACUUCAAGAUCUGAAGAAGAAGGACUUCAUUGUUACUACUGAAGGUUUUGAAGAUAUUCUGGGGCAAAUCAAGGACGAAAUGUCAAAAGUUUUGAAAUCAACGGAAAAUGCUGCUACUAAAGAAGAAUAUGGGACCUGAAAAGUAAACUCUCAGAGGGAAAAGUUGA